GUUGUGCUUUGGACUUCGACGAGUCACAGAAGAGGGAGGAUCUGAAAACCCUAGCUGUUGAUCUACAUCUACUUGGAGCCAUGGUGAAUGUUCCAAAGACAAAGAAGACCUAUUGCAAGAGCAAGGAGUGCAAGAAGCACACCUUGCACAAGGUCACCCAGUACAAGAAAGGUAAGGAUAGCCUUGCUGCCCAAGGGAAGCGUCGUUAUGAUCGUAAGCAGUCUGGCUAUGGUGGACAGACCAAGCCUGUCUUCCACAAGAAGGCUAAAACUACCAAGAAGAUUGUACUCAGACUGCAAUGCCAAGGUUGCAAACAUGUGUCCCAGCACGCCAUCAAGCGGUGCAAGCAUUUUGAGAUUGGUGGGGACAAGAAGGGAAAGGGAACUUCUCUAUUCUAGAUGACACCAUUGGAAUUCUGUCAAUCCAUUAUAGGAUUGUCCUUACUGAAUUGUUCUGUACUGUUUCAAGUGUGGUAACAGUAGUUUCCAGUCAAUUUUGGAUCUUCUUUGCAAUUCAUGAUCUUAGCAGGAUUUAUUUAAGUUUAAGAGAAUUUACA